AUGCGAAGCAAGGCUGCAGCCGCCGUUCAGCUGCUCGCGUGCUGCGCGCUGCUGCUGCUGCUGUGGAUCGACAGCAACCGACAAGCCUCAGCAUUCAACCUUGACACGAUCAACUUCAUCCUGCAGGAGGGCGAGCCGAACUCGAUGUUCGGCUUCAGCGUGGCACUGCACCGCGAACAAAAUAGAAGCUGGGUAAUCGUGGGUGCUCCGAUGGCCAAUACCACGCAACCGGACGUGAUCGAAGGAGGCGUCGUUUAUCGAUGCGAUAUUUACGACGACCAUCGUUGCUUCUCGGUGCCCUUCGACACCAAAGGAAACACUUUCAACGAUAAAAACGAACAGAUCGACACAAAGUCGAAUCAGUGGUUUGGAGCAACGGUAGCUAGCGCUGGCGUUGACGGUCCGUUGGUGGCCUGUGCUCCACGUUAUGUUUUUCAUCAGUUGCAACCGAGGAAAGCGGAACGUGUGGAACCGAUCGGGACCUGCUACAUAGCGAAAAACAAUAUGCGCGAGUUUCAAGAGUACUCUCCUUGCCGAACCGCGUACUGGGGUUACCAUCGUCAAGGUUCGUGCCAAGCAGGUUUUAGCGCUGCGCUGACAAAAGAUGGAACACGCGUUUUUAUUGGUGCUCCAGGCAGCUACUACUGGCAAGGACAAAUGUACUCCAUUAACACUGACGUUGUGUUGCCUUAUAAACCCCCGCGGUAUGCUCACUUUGGCGAAGGAGGGCAAAUCUACUCGUUCAGUUUGAACAACCCGAAAGAUAAGGUCUACAACACGCUCGAGGACAAGAAGAACGAAGACGAUAGCUACCUCGGCUACUCGACGACCACUGGCGACUUCAAUGGUGACGGUACGCAGGGCGUGGCGGUAGGCAAGCCGCGCGGAGCCGGCUUGCUCGGGAAGGUGCUGAUCUACGCGUGGAACAUGACGAACCAGCAGAACAUAACGGGAGAACAAAUCGGUGCGUACUUCGGCUACUCGCUCGCCGCCGUCGACGUGGACGGGGAUGGCCUAGAUGAUCUCAUAAUCGGCGCCCCGAUGCACACGGAGCCGAACAACGAGGGCAAGUACGAGACGGGCCGGGUGUAUAUCAUGUACCAUGGAGGGGGCCCAGCGCGCUUCAGUGAGUUGGAGACACGCGACGGCAGCACGAGCCGGGCACGGUUCGGACUGUCAGUAUGCUCGCUGGCCGACAUCAAUCUCGACGGCUACGGCGAUUUCGCGGUCGGCGCACCGUACGAUGGCGCUACCGGCCGUGGAGCGGUGUACAUAUUUUACGGCUCCCGACACGGUACGCUGGCGAAGGCAUCGCAAGUCCUGCAGGCGGAAGACAUGUCGUGGAGUGUGCCCCGUCUCAGCACGUUCGGCUACUCGCUCGCCGGUGGCAUCGAUCUCGAUGGCAACCAGUACCCGGACCUGGUGGUCGGUGCGUACCAGACGGACAAGGCGCUCGUGUUUCGGUCGCGACCGGUCGCGACGAUGGAAGCGAGCACGCUGUUCGAAACGGAAAACAAGCUGAUUUCGCUCGACGAGCGCAACUGCACGCUGGAGCGCACGCUGAAGCAAGUGCCGUGCACGGUCGUCAACUCGUGCCUAAAGUACAACGGCAUCAAUGUGCCGCCCGUGCUCGACAUCGAGAUUGGCUGGACGCUGGAUGCGCGCAAGCAGCGCAGCCCGCGGAUGUUCUUCCUCAACGAGGAGGGCCGCAACACACGCAACCAAUCGAUGCGUCUGUACCGGGGGAAGUUGGAGUGCCGCAGCGAGCGGGUUUACAUUGGCGAGAACGUGCGCGACAAGAUUACGCCGCUCGAGGUGGAGAUGCGGUACAGUUUGCGCGAGAAGGGCGGUGGCCAACGGGUGCGCAAACCUCGCAUCGGUAUCGAGCCCGUGCUGGACCAGAAUCGCGGAACGGUGCAGAAGGAUUCGAUCAACAUACAGAAAAACUGCGGCCCAGACAAUGUGUGCAUUCCUGACCUGCGGCUAGACAUUAAGGCAGUCGACGAGUAUUUGCUCGGUUCGAACAAUCUGCUCUCGGUCGAGGCGCUGAUCACCAACCGGGGCGAGGAUGCGUUCGAGGCUGGCUUCUACAUGGUUGUGCCGCCCGGCUUGGACUUCAGGCGCGUCGACAAGCUGGGUGAGGUAAAGGAUGUUCCCGUGCUCUGCACGGCGCCCUCGUUCGCCAACAAUGGCACGUUGAAGUGUGACAUCGGCAAUCCGCUCGCGAGCGGCAAGGUGGUGAACUUUAAAGUCAUUCUCGCACCAUCGUUCGCGGUCGGUAUGGCGCCGAGCUACGACUUCUAUCUGGAGGCCAACUCGACGAACCCGGAGCUGGGCGGAAGCCAGCACGACAACAUCGUGCGCAAAAGCAUCGGCAUCUCCAUCAAGACGAGUCUCGCACUUUCGGGAGUUUCGCUGCCGGACGAGUUUCUCUACAACUACACCGAGUACCGGGCGCUGACGGAGGCGGUGAACGAGCGUGAAAUUGGUCCACAGGUUGUGCACAUCUACGAGAUCCGCAACGAAGGUCCAUCCACGAUUGACGAGGCGGAGUUUUUCGUGCUCUGGCCGUACGAGACGAUGGACGGGGUACCGCUGAUGUAUCUGCUUAACCAACCGGAAACGCACGGUAACAUACAGUGCCAGCCGACUCAGAAUGUCAAUCCGCUCAACCUAGCGCUAGACAGUGUACUGGCACGGAAAAGUUUUCUCGACAAAGUGGGUGUCUCGGGGAUGAGCUACUCCUCUACUGCCGCCGGUACGGCGCGUCUAGCGCGAAUCAACAACGCAGGCACAGACGCGAGCAGCCCGUCGAUUUCGUUCUCCUCCACCUCUAACAGAUCAACGCUGGCAACCACGGGCAGUUCAUCGUCCAAGGCGUUCUCUUCGUCGUGGGGCGCUCGGGAGAGAGUUGUCGAGGCGAAAGACAGACGCUUCGAGUCGGAGUAUCCGGCUGCGGAACGUACCGGCACCGUUGCGGGUUCGGUAUCCUCCCAAGGUGGCCAGCAUUCCCGCGUAACAUCAGGCAGUGAGACGCGCUACGGAACUGGAACAGACACGGGAACAAAACUGUCGUCGCAUGAACGGCAGCAGCAAACGAGUUUCGUCCAUCAACAACAAGGUCAGGCUUCUGGGCAACGGCCAACUGCGGCCGAUCGGGGUUUCGAGGUAGGCGUUCGCUACGAUGCAGCCGCAAGCGGCGGACAUUUCGUGCAUCCUGGCAACGACAGCAGCUCGAGUGUUUACUAUACAUCCCGUAAUCGCACUAUUUACCGUACGGAUGAUGGCCGACGACUGCAAGCCACGUCCGGUAGCGGAGAGUACCGCAGUGAGAGUUCCACUGUCAACGAAAACGGUCUUUCCAACGGAUUUGAAACGGAUUCGGUCACCACUAGCAUUACGAAAGAGGAACGCUUCGGUGCGAAGGGUGGCGAUACACUGGGUAGCCGGCGUCGAAUGAUGAGCCAACAGGAUGGUGACACCGAGGCACGAUCAGGGCUGGUGACGGAUUUUCUGCAUCUUGAUGGCCACAGUGAUUACAAUAUGGUGGACCAUGGAUUAGGGCGAGUUGAGAACAAGUUCCGAACGGAGUACAGUAGCAGCUCCAUCAGCAAUAGCAACCGUAGUACCAGUAGCAGCAGCAGCACCAGCAGCAGCAGCAGCAGCAGCAGCAGCAGUAGCAGCAGCAGUAGUAGUAACAAGCUACAACAACAAUGGGGAUCUGGUACGCAACAAUCGUCCGGUCAUUCACUCGCGUCGAACGGAACGUACGCCCAGAGCAGCAACACCUACUUCGGUGCCGGUGGCGUCAGCGUCGAAGAGGAGGAUUACGAUUCGUAUGACCGAAGCGAGGAGUCGUACGAGGACGGGGUAGAUUUGCACCGUUCAGGAGGACACCCGUCUGCUCACACCGGUACCACUUUACCGCAUCUCGGCAAGCAGCAUCUCAAUCAGGGACACGAAAAUGUUGAACAAAAGUUUCGCCACUACCAAAGAUUUGAUCGCCAGCGUCGGCAGGCUGAUGGACCGAUGGCAGAUGCCGGAGCUCGUAGUUCGGAUCAAGCGCUCGAUGAAGCACUCAAGUGUCACGCGACCCGCUGUGCCCUGAUAUACUGUGUGGCAGGCCCGAUCGGCAACAAGGAUGUCGCGUUCAUCGCGCUCCGGACUAGGGUGGUGGCGCACACACUCCACCAGCUAUCGUCGUCGACUCCAUUGCACUUUUCGACGAUGAAUGUGGCGCGGGUCACGAAGCUGCCGUACAUUGGGCAGCCAAAGGAGAAACCGAUCAAAACGCACGAAAUACAGGUUCUGGCCGUGCCGGAACCAACGGUCAAACCGGACGUGGUGCCACUGUGGAUCGUGGUGCUAGCGGCGUGCGCCGGAACGCUCAUUCUGCUGCUGCUGAUCUACCUACUGUCGAAGUGCGGAUUUUUCGAACGAAACCGUCCUACGGAUUCGUCGGAACGGCAACCCCUCAAUCGAAACGCAUAAUUUGCGAGGGGAGGGGGUAAAUGGGUCCUGUUGCCCCCGAAUCUAACUGAAUCUUUCCGUCUACUAUUUGAUCGAUAAAUUGAAUCUCCACAUACGUUAAUUUCUCACAGCAACGCUCUAAACGUGCGUUAGAGUAAAAGUUCACGCUCGUUAAAGUGAUUUAUGAUUGAUUGAUUGGACAAUCAUAGAGAUGAUCAACUGAUUUUUUAUUUUACAUAUACAUAGUGCAUUCAGCAAUUUUUUUUUACUUUAGUGUUAGACCGAAAUUCCUACGAAAAGCAAAAAGAAAAAGAGAAAUAGGGAACGAAGAGAUUAGUCGUGUGCCAAGGGAUAUAAGUUGUAUGUGUGAGCGUGUCUGUGUGUAAAGUUGUAAUAUUGUUCGUUUAACAACUAGUAUUCAUAACGACUUUCACCUUAUUGACACCUUUAUGAACUAGUCAAUCAGAACUCGAAUGUUUUUGUGAGCCUCAUCGAAAUCCCAUUAACAAAAUUAAUACAGCUGUAGUGUGUUCAGAAGUUUUAUUUUUUUUUAAUUUAAAUUUAAUUUAAAACUUGAUGAAGAAGAAUAACAAAUGAACUAUGUGCUUCCUCAUUGUUGCCAUCAACUUUUAAAGGACAAUUGCUGCAGGCGGAAAACGGUAUUGAAGGAACCAGCGAAAAAUGACAAAAAUGUGUAAUUUUCAUUUAUUUCUCAUUUUAUUGGUUACAUAAUUGUUACUGUUGCUGUGCAAAGUGAAGUCUGACGAUGAGUUCUGACAAAUCCUAGUCGAAGUUUUGAACCACUCCAACUUCGGCCCGAUAUACGAAGCAACUCAUCUAAGUGCCUUAAUGUUUGAUAUUAAUUUAAUAUGGAAAGCUGCCUUAUCAAAGUAACAAUAAUACAAAGUAACAAUAAUAACUUAUUAUUAACUGAAUAGAGUAGCUUACUUUAUCACCCCGAACCGAUUUGGUAAGUCUAUUGUCUGUCUAUCCCGAAGCGUUUGGGAUGUAGAUUUGCUAAUCGAAACAAAAGUGCCCAUUAGAAAUGAAGAAUUUGAAAUAGUAAGUAAUUUGGUAAUUGAAAACAUGUUUGCAGAUUAAUGUAUAUCGCUAUGUUACAAGAAAAACUUAAUAAAUUGACAUCAA